GCUAGCCUCAAGCAUGUGGGCCACGCUACUGGUCGGACUCCUGCUCCUCUGCUCAAGAGACGGGGCUGCAAAAAACGCUUCCGAGAUAUCGCCAGGGGAAGAGCUUGUCAUAGCCAAGGGGAAACUGAUGGCUCCCAGUGUAGUUGGAUGAGCCAUCAAGAAAAUGCCUGAGCUCUACAAAUUCCUCAUGGAGCGCUGGGCCUUGUAUCAUAACCUAGAGUAUGAUUCAUCAGAGAACAAGAACCCCAGGUUAAUUUUCUACAAUGAUAAAGAUGAGGUUGUCAAGACAGUUAAAGUGAAGAAGAUGAAGGUGAGGGAAAUCGAAAAACUGCUGGACUCCCUGGGCUUCUACAAGAGGUCGAUGAAGGGAGAGGACGUUCCCGAAGAAUACCAGCACUUCCCUCUCAGGGCACCGCGAGAUGAACUGUAAUGACACCUUGUGGCCAAGCUUUGCCACUGCACUGCUAACAAUGACGGUCAGGACCCAAAGGCUUUAGCACAAGCCAGGUCCUGACACUGAUGAAUUAAGCAUGCUGUUGUUGGACA